CCAUCUGCAGUACAGGAGUCUCAACUUAGAAUUUACUACAAUAUUUUCCGUUUUUGUUCGGCUACAUCAUGAUGGGUGAAAUGGAGUGUCUUCGAAUAUACGUUUCUUAAAAAGCACUAUAUAAGUUUCACGGCAAAAUUAGAACCUUACAAGAUACAGUCGUCAGAAGAGGAACAAUGAUUACAUUAAGAGGAAAAUUGAAAAAAGAUCCUGAGAUUACAAAUUCUAAAAAUAGAGAUUAUAAUAAACGAGCAUCUGUUCGCGACAAGCUAUUGAUAAAAGAGGUACAAGAAAUGGAGCAAACGCUUCCUGUUACCUGUCAAGUAACGUUUAAUGAUCCUCAUAGAUUAUAUGAAUUUACGCUUUUGAUUAUACCUGAUGAGGGAUAUUGGGCUGGUGGACGCUUCUUCUUCGAUAUUUAUAUACCAGAAGAUUAUAAUAUGGCUCCACCAAAGGUAAAAUGUUUAACAAAAUUAUGGCAUCCUAAUAUAAGCGAAGAUGGCGAUGUAUGUCUUUCAAUAUUAAGGCAAAAUAGUAUAGAUGGGAUGGGAUGGGCGCCAACCCGUAAACUAAAAGAUGUUGUAUGGGGUUUAAAUUCACUCUUUACUGAUCUUUUAAAUUUUGAUGAUCCUUUAAAUAGAGAUGCAGCUGAAUUGUUUAUUAAAGAUAAAGAAUCUUUUCGUACUAAGGUAAAGUAUUAUGUUAUGCAGUAUGCAAAAAGAUGAUUUCAAAUUGAAAUUCCUAAUAAAACAGUGUAAUUGUGCACUCACCGAAUUAGAACCAUGAUUUUUGCAAAAACCCAAAAGGAAUUAAAACUCAGCGUUUUCAAAGAAAAUUGAACAUUAUAUUUUGAUAUUUUCUUACUAGUCUUCUUAUCUUAGAACGAGUGUAAUUUUAUUUUUAUUUUCUUUAAACAUCCAAACCAUUCAACUUGUUGCUAUUGUUGAAAGUACAAGAAGGAUGCAUCAAAGAUAUGUCACAUGUACGAUAGAUCUUUCUCAUCACAGAUUAUCUAUGAGAACACAAUUUGUAAAUAAAUUCAAUAUUUAAUAAAAAAUCUACAUCUUUUUAA